CAUACUCACACUCCAACACUUCAUGCACAGAUUAUACCUCCUCAACGCGGAUAGAAACAAAACACAGACAUGUCAAGGGGUGAAUCCGGAUGCUGCGAGUGCAUUAUGAAGUUGUGUUUGAGAAACUGUUUCUUCUUUUACGUGAAUGUGGCGUCGAUUAACUACGUGGUGUAAUUAUUAGUGCAGUUGGCGAGUGAUUUUUUCAUCUCUAAUGUGAUCAAUAAGGCAUUAUUGAAAAUUUUUUCAACUAUGAUCAGUAUUCUUCAAAUUUGCCUGUACCAACUUCUAAUUUUAUCACCAUUAACUUCGGCACAACUGAGCGAGCCUUGCUACGGCAAUGUAUACUGCAACUGCUUCCAAUUCAGCGUCAACUAUAAGACAUAUUUUUGCAAAAAACCCAGCACCAGAGGUAUGGUAACUUUGGACGUGCGUCAUUCAGAUGGAAUCACACAUGCAGAAAUCGAGUCAUUCGCAACAUUCAACCAUCCAGAUUAUCAUAAACUAUUCAUCAAAUUAGACGAAUGGAGACCAUUCCCAGUUAAUCUCACAAUACUUUACUCGGCUCUUCCAAACGUACCGUUUAUCGAAGUAUUGGAAAAUUUUGAUCCCAGAAAUACCAUCACACACUUGACAUUCACCAAAGCUGAACCUCUACCUCACUCAAACGCACCUCCUGCUCUUCAGCCGAACCAUUUCACACUAUUAAGAGCACUCGUCAUAUUGAAUUUAUCAGAAAAUAAACUCGAAGAUUUACCCGAAGAGCUAUUUGCAGACUUAGACAGAUUGGAAACACUUUUAUUGAAUAAAAAUAACAUACAAAGACUACCUACUAAACUAUUCGAGCCUCUGAAAAAUCUCAAAAUCUUGAAUCUUUCUGAAAAUCAGCUAACUGUACUGAGUGGAAAAAUUUUUCAGAAUUUGCUUUCUUUGCAAGUGUUAAAUUUAAACGAAAAUAAACUAAAAACACUACCUACGCUGAUAUUUAGCCCGCUGACUCAGCUAAAAGAUUUAAAAUUGGCUAAUAAUAAUUUGACAGUUUUAAAAACUGGCGUUUUUCGCAAAUUAAAGAACUUGAUAAUGCUGAAUUUAAGCGGAAAUAAACUCAAUAAUUUGAUGAAAUCGGUAUUUAGUCCGUUGACUGAGUUGAAAUAUUUGGAAUUGGCGAACAACAAUAUGACAGUUUUGAAAGACGGUAUCUUUGAUAAUUUGAAAAAUCUAAAGACGGUGAAUUUGGAUGGGAAUCAACUAAAACCAAAGUCAUGGCUGACCCAGUUAGGAUCAAGAUUGCAAAAAGCUUUCAAGAUGGUUCCUGAGAAGAAGAAAACAGAAGACUUUGUACUUUCUGAUCCAGGUGCACUAAGCACAUUGCGUCCAUGCUUUUAGGCAAAGAAGAAUUUCAAUUUCAUAGAGGUAAUAAUAUUAAUUGAAGGAUAUUUGAACGCUACUCUCACCCAUUAGCAAGGAAUUGGAAGAAUCCUUUCAAAAAUUGAUUUGGUGCAAAGCUUGCUUUGGUUUAAUUAGAUAAGGACUAACUGGGUACAUAUAUUUUAAGACAUGAAAAAUCACAAUUUUAACUUGUAAGGUACUUAAUGUGGGAAGUUGUUUUGUUUUUUUUUUCUUGCAGCAGCUUGUUUUAAUUUCAGCACAGGUGUCCUGCCAUGUUUUUAUUGAAUUUGAAUAUAUUAUAUGUACCUAAUAACUAACAUCAAUUUUUAAUCGGUUCAUUUUUCAUUAAGAAGGUUUACUCAAGUAAUAAUAUGUACCUACCUAUCAAUUCAAGAUGUAUUAAUUACCUACUUUUAAAUAGGCUAUAAAACUUGCAAUAUUAUUGCCUUUGAACAACUUUUUGUAUGGAUUGGGCAUAGAUACCUAUCUAAUACUUACUAUCUAGAGUAUAAAUUUGAAAAUUUUUCAAUUCUUAAUUCUGAUUCAUUUCAUCAUUUUGUUACUUUGCAAAAUUGCAGAAUAAAUCAAACAAAGAUGUGUUUCUAAUUCUACUAAUCAUCACCAACUUUCAAACUUUCACAGAGUGUAUUGUUUACUUACUUUUCACAUUUACCUUAAUACAAAGUUCAUGCAUU